AUAGAAUAAACAAUGGCUGGGUGUCAAUUGAGGGAAGAGAAAAACGUUGUUGUUGCUGAAUUCGAUAUGAAACCCAAAUUACCGAACCUGAACCGCCGCGGUCGUUGGAGAGCCGGGCGGGGUAGGACGGUAACAGAAAGAUUUACUUCAGUCGGUGUAGGAUUCCUCGCUCCCUGUACGGCGAGGAGAGGACUUUGAGAGAGAAUAAAUGAAGUUGUAUAAAAAGAAUAAGAGAGGAAAGAGGAGUUGGGAACGGCAGGAGAGAGAGGGUCCUGUCAGGGAGGUUCACCGCGCACGGAUGACCACUCGAGGGUCAACAGACGAAGAUCUGUGUUUCUUUCCUGAUCAGUAAUGAUGGCACUGGGGGUCUCUGGCGUCGCACAAAUGGACGACUACAGAGAGAUAUUUGCGAGUAGUUGCAGGAACGAUCUGUGCUUUUUUUGCGGGCUGUGUGCUUGAAAUUGUGGAAACGUUCA